AUGACGUCUGAAGACUACGUAGAACAUGACGAGUCACCCUCGACCACAAAUUCCUGUUGCCAUGAUGAUAUUUCAAAUAACACCACGCCAAAAACAAAAUCAAAGAUGUCCCUUCUCGACAUGAGUUCCAUACCCCGGGAAAUGUAUGAGGAUUUCAGAGGAGUCUACAAAUAUCUCCAAUUUGUCGUCAUUUCUCUGGCCAUCCUCAACAAUUCAUUCAACAUCGUCGUGUUCACUCAGACCAGAAUGAGAAGCGCAACGUCUAAAAUUCUGACUUUCCUCAGCUUUAGUGAACUCGCGGUUGCAAUCGUUGAACUGAUCGUAAACUCGUAUGCCACAGCUCUCGAGGGUCAAACAUAUAUGUCCGAGUUAUACUGGCAUCUGUUUAAAUGGGGCCGACUUUAUGUGACCAUGGUUUUUCAAAGGAGUUCAAUUUGUUUCAACUUAAUCGUUGCAACUGAAAGAUACAUUGCAGUGCGAUUUCCAUUAAAGGCACAUCAGAUUUUACGACGAAGAAGUCCCGUAGUAUUCUGUGGUGCAGUGCUGGUCGUCAUAUUCGGAAUCCACAUCUUCAGUCCAUUGAAACUGAAAGUGGCUACAGUUACGAGGAGGCACGUUACUCUGUACGUGUUCGGAAACUCCUUGUUAUAUGAUCAUAACCAGGCUGUCUUUGAAGGUCUGGCUUUAGCUACAAAAAUAAUGUUUGUCUACAUUCCUCUAUUCAGUUGUCUGCUCAUGAAUGUCCUGAUGGUUCUGGCCCUGAGACAACACAGGAUACAACGAAAGGCGAUGCACCUCAACAGGGAUGUACAGCAGCAGAGCGACAGAAGGGAAAUCCUGACCACAAUCACAAUCCUCGUAUCUUCGCUUCUCUUUGUUCUCCUGGCCUUGCCCGUCACAGUAAGCUCCAUCGUACAAAUAACCCACCACGAUUACGGACUCUUCAAGAGAGAACACUAUUUGUUCCAGUUUAUCGUUUCCUUCGGCGGAAUGUUGUCUCUUGUGGGGUUGUCCAUGGACUUUUUCGUGUACAUGAUCUUCAACCGGGAAUUUCGUAGAACAUUCACCAAUCUGAUGAGGUCCUUCUUCAGACAGACCUCUAGUUGUUGUGGUCAAAUCCCUGCAAGUGAUGGACCUGAAACAGGACACUACAUGGCGUCUGAAGGAACCAACAUGAGUGUGGUGACGAUGCAGGAUGUAGUUACCAAUGACAAAAUCAGCGAUGAACCAGCAGCAUCGUCCAUGUAG